AUGUCCCAGAAGUAUCACCGAGAAGACGGUAAAACAAACGCCUCUAAAAAUCUACCUGUGGUUUCUAAGUGCUUGGCGAUUGUUUUGAUUCCAAAAGUUAGUAAGAAUUUUUCUGGAGAUGUUUGUGAAAACGACGAAGCAGAUGAAACUGUUGUCGACCCGACGGAUGGGAAUAUUAUUCAGUCAUCGGAAGUUCGUAAAGCUCUUUCUCCGGCAGGAUUUAGUGGGAAAGAGUUGUUACAAGAUUUCAAAAUAAGGAAUAAAACUUGCUAUUGGAAUCCGUCAUUAGUAGAAAGUAUUAAAAGUUUAGAAUGUAAAGGGUUUGUAGAACCUUGCACAAUUUUAGUCACCGCAGAAGAUAUUCACCUUGAAAAUUUGCGGUCGGCCUGGGCAAGAAGAGUUUUACAACCACCGGCUGGAUUUACUAUAGACAGAAUUG